ACGGCGAAACCGCUAAAAGGCCUCGCCACGAAUAGUGUUCAUUAUAUUUUUUAUUGAUCUACAAUAUUUUUUGCAAAUAAAAAUCGAUAUUAAACGUAUAUUUCCUGAACCGAUUUACCACUUAAUUCAUGACGUGCGAUUGGUGCCCACAGAAAUGCACACAGCAGUUUCCAGCAUGCUUUCAACUAUACCCCGGUACUACGUACAGAAAGAAUCCCGGCAGUAUUCACGAACUACACAAACUGGCACAACGCAUCAAACCAACAUAUUACGAUGGCAUCGAGUUGGACUACGCACAUCGGCUAGCCGCUAACAAAACUGCCACAUGCAAUUGGGUGUGGAGUCAUACGCGUCCCUCAGGAUUUCGUUUCGGUGGCAUUUACUCGCUACGUUUAUAUGAAGAUUUUCUACAAACGCCCACAAUCACGGCCGAUAUCAAUCCAACCACAUUGGCUUCAAAUGUUAGCAUUGUUUUUUACCCGCAUAGCGCGUUGCGUCUAGAAGCUGCCAUGCAGCGCGCAGCCGAAGAUGUGGAGCUACAAACGCAGACCACCAUCGAGCUGACACGUCCAUCGACAACGCUCACCUGCAACAUGUACAACGUGCGUUCGAAUAGCGGUCGCAGCACCAUAUCGCUGAUGCGCUCUAUAACCGAAUCGUGGGCGUUGGGCGCUGAAUUGCUACUUGAGUGGACCGAUCCGCGUUCGCUGAUGGCCGAUACAGCAAUCGCUGCACGCUACUCGAAAUAUAACUAUCAAAUAGCGGCAUCUGCAUCACGACAGGGCAUCGACAUCAGCUACUGGCAGCGUAUACACGAGCGUAUUCAGAUGGCGACCCUGCUGGCAUGGCAUCGCAAGACUGAGAAGACCAUCGCCACUAUUUGUUAUCAAUGGGACUUUGAUGACGCUGUUGUACGCAGUAUGGUCAACUCGGAUCUCUCUGUGGGCUUUCAGUACUAUCGUUCACUACCGCAUAUACCAUGUGGCAUGGGUUUAAGUGCGCUGAUUAGCUUAGUGACCAAUCGUUUUGCAUUCGGCUUAAAAUUCGUUCUUGAUCCCAGCGGGCAAAGGCGUGGCGACUGAAAUAUAUCACAGUGUGUGGCAAUUUUUGCUAUUCAGCUUAUGAAAAUUUAGCAUCUUAAAUUUACUGAAUAUUCAUUAAACCACAAGGCUCUAUAUCCUUUAGUACUUUUCGUUAAUCUGAACGGCGUCCAAAAGAGUCUGAGUGCCAAUUUUCCAAUCAAGACGCACCGUAGGGCAUCGUUUUGACUUUGGUUAGUAAACA